AUGAUCGCGGAGGUGCUCCUGGUCUUAGCUGGGCACGAAUCCUCCCUCUUUCCAGACGGCAGCAGUCUCCACCCCGCUUUCGAUCCACUCCUUCAUCCCGGCGAAAAGCAAUGCUUAGAAUCCCUAGGCUCGCUGGCAUCUCGGUACCGCAAUAUCAAGUCCACUGUCUCGGGCUUGGCACGGUCGCAGUCCCAAUAUCUCUGUGCUUUAUGCGCCACUCUCACCCAGAUCCUACGCGACGAAUACGAGGCAUUGGUCGUCACCACCGAAGCACAGAUCCUUAAUCGGGAUCCUUCGCUAGUGGCGUCCGGCUCGUAUGUGCCGUUAUCCGCUCUUAGAGCGGCCUUCGCCCACUGGGACGCGCCUCUAGCAGCUCUUGAAGUCCUACUCGCAGACAUAUGCGGUCGACCAGAGUCCCAGUGGCCCCCAGGACUGCUGAUAGACACGCUACUAUCUCGCGCGUCAACAGGGACACACAGCAUUUCCGACAUCAUUGGUAGGCUCGCUUGUGCUGUGCAACGUGUUUGGCAGACCGAGAUCAUCGCUCUACUCGUACACGGCUCUCUUUCGUCAAUCGAACCUCUAGCCGAGAGCGAUUACACCUUGCGCGAGGGAUACGUUCCUUCUUGCGUGUCGGCUACUUCUAGAGCUGCCGUGUCAUAUGUCGGUCGCGCUUUAGGAACAGUCAAGGCCGCGCAAGCCCAGACCAGAUUACCUCGCGAGCUGGUCGCCAGACAUACAGAGAUACUCCAGGACAUCUUGGUGCAGGAUACAUACAAGUUCGAUCGCGCCGUUGGGGAGAUACGGACGAAUGUCAGUGAAUGGCUCUGGAUGAACGUUCUCACUCAGAAGAACGUCGACGAGGCCGUUGAUUCACUGUCCAACUAUUUCCUCCUGAGGAACGGAGAAUUUUCCACUGCUCUAAUUCGCGAGUUAGAAAGGCUCAAGUUUACGCGUCUGACAACACGCUCCAACCUCAUCCGCGAACAAGACCUUCAUCUGGCUCUUCUUCGCGCUUCACUCGGUACAUCCGCUCAACAUGACCCGUCACUUCUCCGUCUACGCUUCACCCUGCCCACGGGUCCUCUCCGCCCCCUUCUACCGACUUUGCCGAAAGCCGCCGACAUCACCGCAUCCGCCGAGAUGGAGGCUACACCAGCAUUUGACGACCUGUUGCUCGGCACUCCCUUACUUCUGAGUUACACCGUCUCGUGGCCCCUUGACCUCUUCCUGACACCGACGGACCUUGCACUAUAUGCAGCCCUAUUUGGCUACCUCUCUGCCCUAAGACGCACACAUGCUCGCGUGCACACUGCAUGGGCUUCGUUGUCCAACGCGCAGCGCGCAAGGAGGAAGUGGACGGGUCUCGGAGAGGGCGGUACACGGGAGGAUCUGGAAAGCCGUGAGCGCCUGUUGCGGUGCGGAUGGGGUGUUGUACGAUGCAUGGGCUGGUUCUUGGACUGCCUUUUGGGGUACACCAUGUCAGACGUCGUUGACGCGGAGUACUUGAAGCUAAAGUCGGCCGUGGCCGGAGCGCCGUCGACGAAGGGGCAGGGGCAGAGUAACGACGCCAAACGACGCGCCAGAGCCUCAUCUGUGGCAUCUGUCGCUCAGAAGAGCACGAUCAGCAAGUUGGACAGCGCCGAACCUGGAGAGGCGCUCGAUUUCACCACGUUGCGCGCGCUGCAUAGCGCUUACCUUGAGCGACUUCUCGCCGGAAGCCUACUCGGGAACGCUGCUCUAGCGGCUGUACUGCGGCCUAUAUUUGAGUUGUGCGACGCGUUCGUUGCUCACGUUGAGCGGUGGGGAGGCGAUGUUCUUCCCGCGCUUCUCGCCGAGGGGAGCGUGUCCGGUGGCGGUGAUGGAGUUGGGAAGAUGGUCAAAGAGCGAUGGGAGAUUGUCAGCGAGAUCAACGAGGCGCUUAAUACGUUGCUUGACUCGUUCUACGAGCAGCUGACCCAGAGCACGGCCCAACCUAUCCGACCCGAUAUCUCGCGCUCCGUCUUCAAUGCGACAGCAGCCAACAUGACGUCUGCGUUCAAGAUUGGAAACACGACCACAAUGCGCCGCGACGCUCGUUUACGUGAGAAUGAGGGUGAGACGCGUAGGCAGAUUGAGCGUCUUUUGCUGCGUUUGGAUUUCAAUGAGGAGUUCACCCGUAAGUUCUACGCCGUGAAAGUUGGUCGGUUUGGACCGGACAUAUACGAGACCUGGGACGAGUGCAAAGACGCGGUGCAUCGCUUCCCCGGGGCAGUAUAUAAGAGCCACUUAACGCUCAGGGAGGCUGAAGAUUGGCUCGCGCGUCAAGACGCCGUCUCCAGGAGCAGAGUACCAUCGCACGGAUACACUCUUCAAGGCGAAAUGCCUGUUGCUGGACGAUCAGGCAAGUCUGGUGACGAUUUCAUCAGGCUGGAGCCUGAUGAGCCUCGGACCGGGAUGAGCACCGGUGGUUCUAUAUCCCACCCUACGGGUGUAAUGCCAACAGGCGGCGAAAUUCAACUUUCUGCCGAGCAACGCGCGAUACUGGAACGCGUACGCAGAGGAGAGAGCCUUUUCUUUACUGGUCCAGCCGGCACCGGAAAGUCCGUUCUCCUUCGCGAGAUUAUCAAGAUGUUGAGGGAGAGACCUUACGAGCAUCUGGCCAUCACCGCCACGACAGGUGUUGCUGCGCUGAACAUUGGUGGUCAGACCAUCCACUCUUGGUCUGGAAUAGGAGUGGCGCGGCUCGAAUUCGAAAAGCUAAGAUGGAAGAUACGCAUGAAUCCCGACCUGAAUGAACGCUGGCUCAAGGCUCGUUGCCUUAUCCUAGACGAAAUAUCCAUGCUGGAGGGACGGAUAUUCGAUCUUCUAGAAAGUCUAGCGCGAUGGCUCAGGGAUGAUGAACGGCCUUUUGGAGGAAUGCAGAUCAUCAUCUCGGGCGACUUCCUCCAACUACCUCCCAUUCCUGAUCGUGACAGCAACAAACACGUACCUGCCUUGUUCGCAUUCGAGGCACAUUCAUGGGAGGGGUGUUUAGGGUCACCCGUGCACUUAACGCAAAUAUUCCGACAGAAAGAUCCAUCGUUUGCGUCGAUGCUCAGUGCUGCACGAACUGGCGAUGUCACGGAAGAGAUCGCCAGGAAGUUCAAAAAGCUGGCACGCCCAGUCCACUAUGACGAUGGAAUCGGUCCCACAGAGCUCUAUCCUACGAAAGCUGAAGUCUUCCGGGCGAACAAGCAACGGCUUGAUCUUAUCAGGGACACCAUGCACAACUUUGUCAGCCACGACAUUUCAGGUGUCGACGACGACGGCAAAGAGCUCACGCGCAAAGAAAGGGAUCUUCUUCUAGACAAACAGGUUGCACAGAAGACGAUACAACUCAAAGUCGGCGCACAAGUCAUGCUCAUCAAGAAUACGAUACAGGGUGUGCUUGUCAACGGUUCAGUUGGAGUGAUCACGGCCUUCAUGACAGUUGCCGAGGCUGCGCGGCACAAGAUGACCGUCGUAGACACGCGCACAGAGAAGGACGUCAAGCAGAAGAAAGAUGCUGUUCCAGCAAUCGUGAAACAGCGUCCAGAGGCUGUCUGGCCCUACGUACGUUUCACCAACGGGCGCGAGAUGCUUUGCAUCCCACAGGACUUCAAUCAAGAAAACCGUAACGGCGAUAUGGAGGCCAGCCGCGUCCAAGUUCCGCUCAUACUUGCAUGGGCUCUUAGCGUGCAUAAGUCCCAAGGCCAAACACUUGAGAGGGUGAAGAUCGAUCUUGCGCGGACGUUCGAGAAGGGGCAGGCGUACGUGGCUCUUUCCCGCGCCACGAAUCUGAAGACGCUUGAAGUGUACAACUUCGCGGCACAUCGUGUUGUCGCUCACCCUCGCGUUCUUGCAUGGAUGAGAGCGCAAAAAGGACGUCCUGCGGUGCACGCCGAUUCGGAUUCCUACGAUUACGAUGCAUUCAUGGACUGCGAAGAAGCCAUGCUUGCCUAUCAUGGACCCUGA